AUGGGUGUUCUAUCCGCAGUAUUCGAAUUCCUCGUGCCCCUUUCGUUAUUACUCUCUCAUCCAGCAUAUCGACGGCAUUCUCUUCUGCUUUAUGAACGACAGCAACCAAUGCGGAUACAACAUACAAUCGUCAAGGAUAAAACCUUACCAAAGGUUAUCAACGUCCUCGGCAUUGAAAUUGCAAAUGCUGGCGAACAAGCGUAUUUUGAGAAUCUCUCGCGGGUUUGGAAUCUUCGGCUGUAG